UGUUUUCCAACACUGCCAGCAAGCAAACUUGGCUCUGAAAAUUGCAACAGUCGAUAAUGUCUGCUACCAACUCUCAAUGCAUGCUUUUCCCCACAAGGCUAUCUGUGUUUUUGCAACUAUUCGGUUCGCAAAGUCCAAUGAUAUACAGCCGUAAUGCAUUUCAGUUCCCACUUGUCACAAUUUUAAAUAAACCGCGCUUGGACCCAUCGCUCACUGCAAUCGAUAGGGAUGGGGUUUUGGAUGGAGAAUAUUAAAUAUUACAUAAAUGUUGUUAAUAUCCGAAAGAGUAUAAAUGCAACAGCAAAAAAUAUUACGGAAUGUAUACUCGGAAUAAUAAGUGAUUAAAACAGAAUAAAUAGGCAUGCACAUAAAAUCGCCUUUUAUUCAAUGUAUCGAUACGAACUAUCGAUAUAUUUUGUCACAGCCGACUUUCCAUUGAAGAGUGCCACGAGAAAUUGUGCUUAAAGCUAACGAUUUGCUAAAGAAAACGAAAAAAAAUAAAUCCAGGAACGAAAAUGAACAGCCAGGCAAGCCACGGAUCCUCAACGUCUUCCGGCGCCGCUAAGAGACGCCACAGCGCCGAGCACGAGCCGGUGCACGAGUUUGGCGAACAAGUCUGGGCUGACCUGAACAGCCUGUGCAUGGACGAGCACUUCUCGGACGUGUCUUUCAUUGUGGAGGAUCAGCGCCUGCCGGCGCACCGCAUUAUUCUAGGAAAGCGCAGUAAUUACUUCCGCGAGCUACUCUGCGGUCGGAGUGGAUUCGCUGGAGGCAUUCAAAAUAGUCCUGGGCUACCUUUACUCGGGCACUCUGCCCAUAUCCACACUGGACCAGGAAUGCCAUCAUCCAAGUUCUCGGCCUGGCCAAUCGGUUUGGUUUGCUGGAAGUCGAGUCGGAAAUAG